AUGGAAUUGCAUGAUCUCGGUUCUUUCUCAAAACAAGGAGGCGAAAACCGCGUACGUUUGUUUAAAAACAUGGAUUUUGAACCUGAUGAGAUCACAAUCGUGACUAUGUUAUCAUCAUGUACACAUUUAGGAACAAUCAGAUAUGGAAAACAAAUCCAUGGAUAUAUUUUAAGAUCAAAUUUUCACAAAAACAGUUUCAUAAACGCUGCACUUAUCGACAUGUAUAGCAAUUGCGGGAGGCUCGACAUUUCCAUCAUCAUAUUCGGUUCUUCAUCGGAAAAGACAAUUGCAAGUUGGAAUUCAAUGAUUUCUGCAUACGGGUUUCAUAGUGAAGGUCGUAAGGCAAUUGAGGUGUUCAACGAAAUGAUAAUGACCAAAACACCCCCGACAAAAACGAGUUUUAUAAACUUGCUAUCGGCUUGUGGUCAUUCAGGGUUGGUGGAAGAAGGGAUUGGGUAUUAUAAUUGUAUGUUGGAUGAAUAUGGUGUGGAACGGGUUACAGAGCAUAAUGUUUGUGUGGUGGAUAUGUUGGGUAGAUGUGGGAGGUUGAGUGAGGUAUGA